AUGAGACAGCGCAAAAGAAGUGUUAGAGGGAAUACCUGGAAACUCGCCUCAGAAGAGAUAAAUCUCAAGGCCGUAUUAGCGUCAAACAUCUCACUUUUGGUAGGUUUUAUACUUACUGUGAUAUGUUUUCAGAUGUCUAAAAUAAAGCCGGACCUUUUGUUUGGCCCCAUAUUCAUGAAAGAAAUGGAAAAGAGAGGAAAACGCGAAUUGUAUGACAAAUUUGUGUACUGUAGCGCUCAAUUGAAAAGGAAAAUAGAAGGAUUUAGACUGGGUCGGCUUUUAAAUGAGACAACGAAGAAGGAGAUCAAUAUGUAAGUGUAUCUUGUACUUCUCCUUACCUUACAAGGGAUCGGCAAAACCGUGCAUCCUGGUUUUUUUGAGACAUAUACUGCCCGACAAUUAAAAGUGAAGUCUCGAUUCUGAGCCCGGUAUUGCCCUGAGGCACAAGGUGUUCCCCCAGGCCUCUUCGGUACCCUACACCGAUACAGAGUGCCAAUUUUCAUACAUGUGCACUUUAAACGCACUGUGCAACGGGCGAUUGAAAAAUUUUUGGGCGACAAUUAAAAGUGAAGUUUUUACUUUUUGGACUUACCUGACCUUUUGAGGGAUCUGUUGGGACGGAAACCGUGCAGAGACAUAGUCAAGGUUACAGUGAAGAGCCCUAGACACAAUUUACGAAAAUUGUCCAAAUUUUAUGGUACCAUUUCCCGGCAUCAAGACGCGGGGUUUAGGUGCCACAAAACGGGGCCUUUAGGCACUAUUUGUUGUAAGACUGGUAAUUUUAUGAUGCUGAAUACAUUUUCUGACUAACUUCAUACAAAUAAUGCUGCGAGUUUGUCAAAUUUUGGCCCGCUUCAAAGCGUGCUUAUCGACAACGGUACUAGUCAAGGAGAAUAUCGAUGCAAUUUCGAAAGAUGAGAUGCAGAAUCAGCGCGAAUUUUGUCUUGUACUUUUCGAUCACCCUCUUAGCAGCUAAAAACAGCGUUGUUUACUUGGAAGUGCGUACUUACCCCGUUUUUACCAUACACUUAACUUGGUAUAUAAGCAUUUUUCGCAUAACUCGAUGCAGCGAAAUUGAAAUUAAUGAUGUUGUUUUUGACUAAUUUAUAUCCAGAAAAAUCAUGUGAUGGGGUUUUGGGCCAUUAAAACCCAAACCAUGGCGUUACACUUCGGUUAUGGACGGUAAAUUUCAGCAACUUUAGGAAACCGUUGUGAUACCCGCUAUUUUUGUCUCUAAAAGGAGCGAUAACAUAAAAAGUAAAGUUUUUAGGAAAGAAGGAUAUCUAUCCACCCCGAUCCUACUAUCAAACCGAGAGGGGUACUGUUUCCUGCUACAGUAUAAGUCAAAAUAGGCACCUAGCCGUUAUCCAUAUCAACAAGAACGCUUUGAAGCGCACCAAAACUUGACAUACUCGCAGCAUUAUUUGGACAAACAAUGCCACAAGAUGCACUCAGCAUCAUAAAAUUACCAGUCUUACAACAAAUAGUGCCUAAAGGCCCCGUUUUGUGGCACCUAAACCCCGCGUCUUGAUGCCGGGAAAUGGUACCAUAAAAUUUGGACAAUUUUCGUAAAUUGUGUCUAGGGCUCUUCACUGUAACCUUGACUAUGUCUCUGCACGGUUUCCGUCCCAACAGAUCCCUCAAAAGGUCAGGUAAGUCCAAAAAGUAAAAACUUCACUUUUAAUUGUCGCCCAAAAAUUUUUCAAUCGCCCGUUGCACAGUGCGUUUAAAGUGCACAUGUCUGAAAAUUGGUACUCUGUAUCGGCGUAGGGUACCGAAGAGGCCUGGGGGAACACCUUGUGCCUCAGGGCAAUAUCGGGCUCAGAAUCGAGACUUCACUUUUAAUUGUCGGGCAGUAUACACCAUUUGAAAGAGCGUAAAACACUGGUCUAGGAUCACAUUUUAUUAGCUGCUAUUUUUGCUCUACGCCUCAGCUAGCGAUCACUCCUUAGUUCUAGGCUUAUCUCACCCUUUUUCCGAGGAAACAAAUGCGGACGGUUUACAUUAAACUUCCACACCGAAUAAGGUCUGGAAGUAGGAUUUGACUCUCAUAUAGAUAUUGGUGGUAUAAUGGAAGUCGUAUUUUUAAGAAAAAGGGAGAUUUUUUUAAAUUCUUUCGAAUUUGUAGUCCUUGCCCUUUAAGUGGGUAUCUUUUAUGGCUGAAACUUUCAACGGCUUCCACAUUUUUAAAGGUAAGCCAGGUAACGGAAAGUACGUGAAACUUGAGUCUGAAAACGGUUUACAUGUUUUCUACCUCCUAUUUUGCCUUGCUCGCUGGCUAGGGCAUAGAAGAAAAAAAGCUGCUAAUAAAAGAUGAUCCUAGACCAGUUUUUUACGCUCUGUCAAAUGGGGAAAAAACCGGGGUGCGCGGUUUUGCCGAUCCCUUGUUAGUCCUGUUUCAGGAUUUCUUUUGGACAGAUGCGGUACUUCCUGUUUAAGGCACUCAAAGUUGUGCUCCAUGGUUAUUUAUUAACAGAAGAAGAAUGUAAAAUGAUUGCCACGACUUCGUCGUGUAUAUUAUUGGCAAAUCCAUUUAACCUAAAGGAGGCUGAAACAGCACUGUUUAAGAUUCAAAUCCGUUUCUUCGAUUCGCUACCAAAGAAAUGCAGGUUCAGUCUGAGGAAACGAUUAAUUACAUUAAUUUUCUCAUGGCUGUGGAUGUUGACGAGGUACUUUAAAAUUGCAGAAUUCAAUUUUCUAGAAAAGUUUUUGUUUUCUCGAAGAACACUUUCAAUCAGAAUGCUCUUUAUCGACACGAUGAAUGGAGAAGGCAAAGAUUGGAUGCCCUGAAGGAAAGGAGUGCGUUUGAAGUGACUGGUGAAACUACGGAUAGGAAACUACAGUAAGCCUAUGGUGGAGAUGAAAAUUGUUUUUAGUAUUAUUCCAAAAUCUGGAGGCUGUAGGCCGAUUGUUUCCGGAUUCACGACAGCUGAGAAAGAGAACAUGGCCUUGAUCAGGACGGUUUUGGAGACUUUGUGCAACAGCAGGAGUUCUAUCCGAGUAAAAAGUAAUCAUGUAUCUACCAUUUCUAUCCUUUUUUGUUUAAAGAUUUCAAGGAGUUCUUCACCAAGUACCGAGAGUUCUCAUCCAAAUGGGCAUCAGCCAAGCUUUAUUACUCCACUGGUGAUAUCUCCGAUUGUUUUGGAUCUGUGGAUACAACCAAGUUGAACAUGGGAUUACAAUCUAUAUUGUUCCCUGAAAAGUAAGUUUUAUGGGGAUGGAGCUAAUCUUUUAGAAAGUUUAUCGUGGCUAAAGGACAGCUAAUUAACUCAAGAAGACGAGUUAUUUACAGAGCUGGGAUCAGUCUAGCCGGCUUACAGAGGACUAUGCAAAAACUUGGAGCUCGGGUUGUUUAUACCAAGGUAGGUGUCCUAUCUUCAUUUUUAUGGAACCUCAUUUUUUAGUCGAUUAGCACAAGAUUUAUCUACGAUUUCAUUCAAAGUGACACUUUCAACCUCACAUUUACAUUUCAAAAGCGGGUGUUUAAAUUCAAAGAUGGACUAUUACAAGGUCAUCCAUUGUCUCCCAUUUUAACAGAGUUUUGGCUACUUUUACAAGAAAGGGAACUGACUUGUCUGAUGUCGGAUAAAAUCCUGAUCCAGAGAUAUGUGGAUGAUUACUUCCUGGCCAGCACAAACAAACUUAACAUCGUUAAAGUAGGAGUUUUUUUACAGUAAUCUAUGUUCCUAGUGCUUGCAAUUCUUGACAACAAAGGGUUCCUUGAGUUGGGACAAGAUAAAAGUGGACUUUGAUUGCAAUGAAGCCAAGGCGACAUCAAAAAUUUCUUGGUGCGGAUUAGAUUUAAAUCACGAUACUGGACUGGUAAUACAUACUGAAAACUUUAAGUAUAUCUUUUAUAGAUGUCUGUCGAUUCGGAAAGAUACUAUGAAAAGACGGUAAAAUACAAGUUCUUGCCGAAUUCAAGGCAAGCGACUGCCCGAUGUGAGUUCGAGAAGUCCGUCAAGUACGCUGUAAACCAUUACCUGUCCGUCUUCCGCAAAUGCUUAGCGGUUGUUCCUUUGGCCACUCAAGAAACCGAGGUCAACAAGUUCCUCAACUUUAUUUACAAUAUCGUAUUUGGACGGUAUGUGGCCAAAUACCGCCUUCAAACAAAGGAUAAAAAGACUCGGAAACUGAUGAAGAAAAUGAUUGGAAAAGUGGCCAGAUCACUCAGAAAGGAUACUGCAACAGCCGGCGGGAUUGGAAACAAUCGAACCUAA